ACGACAUGGCAGUUAUGCCGAUAUAGUUGUACUAAUUGCUCCUAGCCCUAGCUUUAGUAUCGAACUCGAAAGUGUUGCUUCAUAGAAAAGGAAAGUGAUCGGUAUAUUAUUAUUUUAAAAAUAUACAUAUAUAUCACUUCUAAUUAUAUCCUUCCAGUUAUUUAUAUAAAUAUAUAAACUAUGUGUAUUAUCUACAAUAAACUAAGCGGUGGUCUGCUCUGUAUGUAUGCAGAAAAAAAAGUGCUCACUUUACAUAUUUUUAUAACGUAUAUAUAUAUAUCAAUUCCGAGUAUAUCCUCCAAAUUACAUAGAUAUACAUACAACUAUAUGUAGUAGUAACUACAAUAAAAAUAUGUUAUCAACGUGCUGCUGCAAGUUGAGCAUGUAUGCACGUAUGAUUGCAUGUAUGAUCAAUGAGAGAUUAGUUAGUCCUAACAAACGAGCCAGACAUGUUAUAGCUUAGUUAUUCCUAACAACUUGUCCCAGUCUUAUCUCAAACUAAAUGUAAUAACACUUAAAUGAUAAACCCUUAGUAAAACGUGUGUAUGCAUGUGCGUGUAUGUAUGAUAUAUACAUGUAUAUAUGGCUUAGUUAUUUCUUAAAAAUUUGUUGAGACGGACGUUCAAACUAUCAGAAGGGCCAGAUAAAGCUGCUGCUGCUGUUGCUGCUAUUCUGGUGAAUAGUAUCCCAUGAUGCCUUGACUGCUUUGUGUGUGCAGGCUUCCCGCGGAAUUGGGAAGUUGACGCCGGAGUGUGGAGGGACAUUUAUAUAUAUAUAUACAUACAUAGAUAUAUGUAUGUAUAUAUACAUACAUACACACACAUACAUAUGUACACACCUGCACAUUAAAGAUUACAAACUUAUUUAAAAACAAAACUCGAAAAAUCAAAUAUCGAAAUAAACAUUUAUUGGACAUAUCUGAUUCACACUGAGGGACAUCGGGACAGACUGCCUAUAGCCAUCACAAAAUCAUAUUUAUCCUGGAAAUAAUACUAUUUAAAAGAAGAACAGAAGAGAACGGAACUACAGCGGUCUUACACAGCCGGUAGAAGAACCGGUGAGGAGAGACGGCCAACGGCCAUCAGCACCGAAUCAUUGCCAAUACCGUCUUGCCCCAGACAAACAACUAAGGGCUGAUACGAGGUAUUCCAGGUUAAGGGAUUUACAUAGAUCUUUACCCCUCCAAAUUGACUGCACAGGUCUGUGUAUUUGCACCAUUAAAGGCGGGUGCUGUACUGGUGCAUGUUUGCAUACCAUCGCUACUACAUUAUUACACCAAGACAUUUAUUAGCACACUAUAUUUACCCCUCUCUUUCUCAGUCUUUAUCGUGUGUGUACAUAUGUAUAUAUGCUGCACCCUAUACAUAUGUGUUCCUCUUGUUUCUUCAGUUCUGUUUUUACAUCGAUACUGGCAUACCUUGAACCAAUUCAAAAUCACUACUCGAACUUCACAGCCAUCGCACUGAAGCAUCAAUCAACAUUUCUUGCCACUGAACGAGCAUUAAUACUAGAAGACAAAAAGGCGGCAGAGACAAUUUUUUUUUAGUUAGACUAGCUAUUAUUACGUUAUUAAUUUCAUUUUUUUUUUACCUCUGCUAACAACGCAGGUCGAGAGAUUGUGUUUAAUUAAAAGUCACGAAGCAACUAACAACAACAAAAAAGUGUUUAUUAGUAACUUACUGUUAAAUGGUGUACUACUACUACUACUUGUUAGUGUCUUAGAAUGCUCUUUGACUCUCUUUUUUUGUAACGGUGUGUAUGUUUAGCUUCAUAUUUUUGUGUUUAUGUGGAUUGUAUUUAGCGCUUUAUUAAUUGGCAGCGUGUUUUGUAAUUUAUUUCAAAUAUUCGGAAGAUUUGCAUCGACUGGAAGUGUCCCUAAAAGAACUUUAAAAAUCCAAACAGCAACAAUAUUACUAAAUAAAUAACCAAAGCCCUGCCUCCUUAAAGAAAGGAGAGGGUAAAAGGAAAUAAUGAAGCCUAGAAAGAGAGAUAAAGAAAAGCCGAAUGUUGGCGAAAAACCUGGUAUCGGUAGCCAGCAGCACCAACAUCAGCAGCACCACAUCUCUUCCAAUCCACACCACCAUCAUGUACAAAGUGGACAUGCUAUAUCUCACAAUAGCACACAUCAUAAUACAACUAAUCACAAUUCUAACACUAAUCAACAAGAUUCUCAAUAUGAAACUAUCAAAGCUGAUCACGAACUUUUCCUGCAAGCUUUUGAAAAACCAACCCAAAUCUAUCGUUAUUUACGUGCCAGAAAUAUUGUUUCACCAAUAUUUCUCCAUCGGAACCUUCACUAUAUGAAACACAGACGAUCUAUUAGUAGUAACAAAAGGAAAGAUUUUCACUUAAGUUCUAUUCUUUGCAAAGUUGAUGCCAAGCUCAGAAAAUUAGCUUUGAAAGAAAGGUACAAAUCAGAAUUUAUGAAUAUUGAGUUCUCAGGCUUUUUUGAUAAACAAGCUUCUUCAGAUGUUGAAACUGUUGAAGUAGAAGUUUUGUUGCUAAAAAUUUGUCAUAAAAAACGAAAGGAUGUGACCUCUCCUGUAAAACAAACUAAGCUUGGCAAAGUUGAAGUGCCUCUGAAUCCACACAAUUUGGACUCAUCUAUACAACCUGCUGCCAACAAUUCAGAACCCAUAUCCAUUUCUCAUGAACAAUUCCACCAUAACAACGGACAUGCCGUCAAGUCUUAUGUUCUGGUGUUGCGGGUCCGGUGUCCAGUAAAGAGAUAUCUCUCUAAUGGAUUGUGUAAUGGAGACAUUUUAGAUGGACCAGAUGAGCCUCCACACAAAAGGAGAAAAAACGGAAAGAUGUCUCCAUUUGAAGAAGAUGUAGUUUUGUAUGGUUCUGAGCUGGCCAUCUAUGACAAACACAAACGGUGUCAGAUGACUGACGGUGAUUAUGAACUCUCUCUACAGGAUCUUGGUUCAAAAAUCUCUCCAAAGAAAAAUGCAGCCAACUGGGAGACAAUAGUGGAUGGUAAGGCUAUUGGCCCAUUUGAAGUAUUCAGCAAAUGUCCUACACUAAAAUUUUCUCUAAACUGGACUCAGCACAGUAAUAGCAACAACAAUAGCUGCAACACGUGUGCCAACAGUCAGAAUCGACUUGCGAAAGAUCCUUGUUUGGAAAACACUCUAACUCCACAUGAAUUCCAUAACAACUACAAUCACCAUUAUCAUCCUAACCAUGUGAUACAUUAUGAUGACUCAGGGAUAAAACGUGACACAGUUGUUAACAAAGCUAAAGAUACAAGCCAGCCCAGCACUCCAAAGAAAAAAGUGAGAAUAUACUACCAGUUUUAUUAUAACAACAACACACGGCAACAGACAGAAGCGCGUGAUGAUCUUCAUUGUCCAUGGUGCUCUCUCAACUGUAUGCAGUUGUACAGUUUGUUAAAGCAUCUCCGUCUCAGUCAUGCUAGAUUCAACUUUAUGUAUGUGCUACAUCCUAAAGGUGCAAGGAUUGAUGUAACAAUUAAUGAAAGGUACGAUGGUUCUUACGUUGGAAACCCUCAGGAUCUUCACUCUCAUAUAGGUUAUGCAUUUAGUCGUAAUGGCCCUGUGCGCAGGACGCCUGUCACUCAUGUUAUUGUUUACAGACCAAAACGCCCUGAUCCUUUAUUGUCCGAAUUUAUGGAACCAGAAACAGAUAACCAAAUCAACCGACAGUUUAUUCAGGGACACAAUCGACUUUACUACCAUACUGUCACAUGUCAGCCAAUUAGACCUCAGGAAAUUGAUAUUGAUAGUGAAGAUGAAAAUGAUCCAGAGUGGUUAAGACAGAAAACAAUAAAUAUGAUUGAUGAGUUCACAGACGUAAAUGAGGGUGAAAAAGAAUUAAUGAAGUUGUGGAAUCUGCACAUUAUGAAAAACAAGAGAAGAGGCAAGGAAAAUGGAGCUUAUUCAUCGAAUAGUUACAUUGCUGAUUGUCAAAUACCAACAGCUUGCAUGACAUUUAUGGAAGAACAUGGAGAAGCAAUCAUCAGAAAGAACUUAACUCGCAAUUUCAUGCUCCACAUGGUGAAUUUGUUUGAUUUUAGCCUAAUUGGACCAGAGGUGGUGCAGCGCACAAUGAGUGUGUUGGAAAACUUAAAAGAAGAACUGGGUAUGUAUUGAACGAUGACGACCACGGAACACCUGAAAUAAACAAGAAACAGACGAAAAGAAAGGGCUUAAAUCAGUUGAAAGCCUUUUGCUGACCACUGCCACUUCAUCAUAAAGCACUUCUUAACUUUUAUAGUUGAAGAUUCAUUAUUAACCAUCCUAACACAUCAUUGCCAUAUCCUCUACUGCCAGGCAUUAUUUACAACCACCACCACCACCACUUCACAAAUACAUCUGCUGCUUGCAUUUGAGAAACUGCAUGCAACAGUGUCCAUUCCAAAAAGAAUAAGUAUAAAGAUUAUACUACUACUAAUAAUAAUCUGAAAAGAACUCGUUCCUUUUCAUUCCAUUCUUCACAUCAAGCAUCUCUUAAAUUUGAUAUUUAGCCAUCUCGUCUUUCUGCCACCUGAAAUGUGUGUGUGUGUGCGUGCGUGCGUAUGCACGCGCAUGUGUGAAGGAAAGAAAGAAAGAGGGAGGGAGGGAGAGAUGAGCUGCCAUGUAGGAGUGUUUCGACGUGAAACAAACUAUAACCAUUAGGUAGCAGAGUUUGCUUUAUGAUUUUCGUAAAUUUGCACAUGCAUCCACCAAAACACACACUCACACACAUUCUCUUUCUCUCUCCUCUUGGACAAUGAAAUAUAUGUGCUUGAUACUUUAAUAUAUUUUCAGAAAAAUACCAGAAACUGUGUCAAUAAAAGCAUGAAGUUGAUUAGUUGUGUAAAAGUGCUUUUUAUUUUAUUUUAUUUAAAUUUUUUUUUUUUUUUUAAAGCAAUGACAGCUUUUUCUCUUAACCUCCUCUCUUUCGUUCUUUCAUCAUCUUCCCUUUAGUUCAUCGCUUUCAGUAGUAUACACAUCAUCUCUCUCUCUCUCAUUACAUUCCCUUUCCCCCUCCUCUUUUUGCUCUGUCCCAUCCUUGUGCUGUAUUGCCUUUUCUUUCUCCUCAUAUCUCUUCCUGUCAUACAUCCACACUGUUACUUUCGUUUUCCUUUUCACCUUGCUCACCACACACACACACACACACUCUCUCUCUCUCUCUCUGAUAUGAAUGAAAGAUUUCUGUAACUUUUUUUUUUUUUUUUUUUUUUUUUUUUUUUUUUUUUUUUUUUGGAAAGAGAAACUGGAAAGCUUUUUCUUUUUAAAAACUUUUGUUGCUAUUCUUCAAUUGUUUUCCUAAAUUUUAACGCCAUGUUUACCACCUCUGCUACUCAGACACACAAUUCGGCUCUGCUGGAGAUGCUGACCAGGUAAAAAAAUUGUAGUUGUCAUCUUGGAAAUGAAAUAAUGGUAGUUUCGAUAUUUAAAAUAUAAUUUUAAAAAAGUGAUUAUUUUCUCUCCUCCUUUUUAGAAAGCCUACUUCAUACAGUUGCUCAUCUUUCUCUGACAGUUCAUAUGGCAAGGUUCCUUCAUAGGGCAUUUAUUUGCCCAGCUUUCUGAUAAGCAUGGUGCAAGAUCUCCUCUCCAGUUCUCUGAAAUAUACUCCGUGCAGCAAUCUUUGUUAGCACAUCACUCACUGCCAAAAAUAUACGGAGACUGUCAUUGAGCAAGAACAGGAAUAUAAAAAUCAGACAUGACUUUGCCUAUGCUCUAUGUACUGUAAUUGCUCAAUGUUCCUCUUCCCCUUUCUCUCUCUCUCUCAUUAAGCCAUGCACCAGUGUAUUCAGGGAACCCGGAUACUUCUACUGACAACCUCCUUGGUUCUAACUGCCACACCUUUUCAGAAAAAAGAAGAAAAAUCAUUCAUAGUUUACUGUUGCCUUCUGGAUCAUGGGUUGUCUGUAUUAUACUAUCUUGGUAAAGGAAAAUUGGAGAUUAUUUAACUGCCAGAUAUCUUUUAAUGCUACCUAAAACUAUGCAAACUAGGCUGUACAUAUAAGACCAUAUGCACAUAUCCAAAAGAUAAAACACAUACACAUUUUGUUUUAAUGAUUCAUAUAUAAAUAUUGUUCUUAUUUGAACAAUAGGUGCCAUUUUACCUAAUAGGUUUAUACACAGAGUAUAGUCUUAAUUACAAUGGUUUGGUGGCAGUGUUUUUUUUUUGGUUUUUUUUUUUUUUUUUUUUGA